CACUAGGCUUUCUUCCUCUCUCACACCAAGUGUUUCUCUCUGUUUCCUCCUCCUCACUGUGUGUGAAUGUUUAGUAUAUGAGCAGCAGAGAAGAAUGAGUUGUGGAGGGAAAGACGAGACAACAACCUAAGAAAGAAAGAAGGGACGGUAGCAGAAGAGUGGGACAAAAACAAAAAUCAAAACCGGAAGCUUUUUAUCGCCAGAGGAGAAAUACAGGAUGGUAACGUCAAAAAUGACCACAGCUUGCGUGUGUACCAUGCUGCUCCUCUGGGCCUGUUCAGUGGACCCCUAUCGGACACCCUACAAUGAGGGAGAAGAUGUGGACUCCAGACGGGAAGAAAUAGACUCAAAGGACUACCAUCGAGAUGAUCGAGAUGUCAGUCAUAAGAAGCCAAGGGAGUGUCGACGAUGCUGUGACCCAGGUGAAGAGAUCCCCCAUCAACAGCAUUACCCGCAGUACCAGAUAGUACCACAGAUCAAUAUCACUCUGCUCAAAGGUGAAAAGGGUGAUACUGGUGAACGUGGACCUUAUGGAAAAGCAGGCAGAACCGGUCAGGUGGGUAUUCCCGGUCCCAAUGGCAUGAAGGGCAAUAAAGGGAGCAUGGGCCACCCUGGCGAACCCUGCAAGUCCUACUUUGCAGCCUUUUCUGUUGCCCGCAAAAAAGGUCUUCAGUCGAAUGAGUACUACCAGACACUGGUAUUCGACACAGAGCUGGUGAACCUCUAUGGCCACUUCAACAUGUUCACUGGGAAGUUCUACUGCUAUGUGCCUGGUAUUUACUACUUCAGCCUGAAUGUGCACACAUGGAACCAGAAAGAAACAUACCUACAUGUGAUGCACAAUGACCGGGAGGUGGUUAUCCUCUACGCCCAGCCCAGUGACCGGUCCAUCAUGCAGAGCCAAAGUCUGAUGUUGGAACUUGAGAGAGAUGAUCAAGUGUGGGUCAGACUAUUUAAAGGGGAGAGGGAGAAUGCCAUCUUCAGUGAUGACUUUGAUGCAUACAUCACCUUUAAUGGACACUUGAUUAAGCCUAAAAAUGAAGUCUAAGUAUAAGUCUAGACAGGAAGUGUCAGCUGUCAUGUUAAAAAGUUGUGUAUAUGAACAAAACUGACAGCCUACUUAAUAUGCUAUGUUGCUAGGGUCAUGUAGACAAUGUCACUGUCAUAGCUAACUGGUCGGACACAAAUCAGGCCUAAUGCAAGAACAUAGUCCACAAACAGAUGUUGUUCUACAAUAGCUCCAGAUCUUUAUGCAAGCCUUUGUCCAAUAUGAUCCUCUUAUGCACUGUACAAAGUAACCUCACCUAAUGGAGGCUACACUAUUAUCUUGUCCAAUGUUUAUGUGACUAUCAAAUACUACUGCCUCUUUUAUUAGCUGUAGGUUGCUUUGCUUUAAACAGAUUUAAAGUAUACUAUAUUAUUAUUAUUGUAUUAGAUUGAUCCUUUUCGAUCCUCUAAUACCUCAGUUUACACUGUAGAAUUUGUUUGAAGGUCGAGACCAGUUCAAAAUACUGCAUGCCAUAUACUAUUUAAUGAAUCACCCACACUUAGGCCUGAAGCAACAAAUUUUCUGCAGCUAAGAAAAGUUUAGCGAAUCCAUUUUGUAAAACAUGAAGAUUCUUCCUCAUCAAAAUCUAGGACCUACAAUACCCAUAAAUUAUCUUUACUCUUAUGUCUGUGAAUAGGGUAUGUGAAUGUUCAAGCAGCAGCUAGUGUAGCCAGGAGCUUAGCCUUCCAGCAGCGAUGAGUAAAUAACAAAAAAAAAAAAAAACAACCCUCAAAUAAUUCAUGUUACAGUCAGUCACAAAUAAUUCCACAACGUUUAGCCCACAGUAAUUGCUUGCUUCCUAGGUAAUAUAUCCGUUCUGUUGUCUGUCUUUGGCAAUUCUUCGGUUGUUCCAAAUAUCUGGAGCUUAAAUAAAUAAUGACAAUAAUACUGUAUCUCAGUAUUAGAAUCUAACCAUUUCAUAUGAACUAGUGUAAGAUCAUUUGGUCUUAAUACAAGCAGUUAAUAUACAUCAUUACAUUUUCUGUAAUUUUAAUUGAUACUUAUAACAGACUUUCAACAGAACAAAAUACUAAUACUUUUCAUUCCAAUCAUGCGUGGAGUCUGUUGCUGUUGAUGUUUUUAAUACUGUAAAUUCACACUGUAUAUACAUACUGAUAUAUAUUGUGGAUAUAUAUAAGUGUGGAUAUUUCAUCAAAUAAAUUUAUCAGCAGAUUGUUAUGUUGUGAUCUGUCUCUGACCUACACCUGUAUUUUAGGUACGUAAGAGAGAUUAAUGGAAUAAACCAAGACUAUGUCUCAACA